CACCCGGGUUGCGCCGUGUUCUGUCUCUGCCUCACCCACAUCUCUGGGCACUCCCUCUCUGCCCCACAGGAAUGUGUUAGAAGCCCCCGUGACCCAUAAAUGCCCUUUCUCAGUCACGACACCCAAAGAAAGAGGCAUUUUGUCCCUGCUGGCAAGGUACAUGCUGAGCAGGAGAGGAGAUGACUCCCAGCAAGUGCCACAGGGUUUUUCUCCCUGCAGGGAGACUGAGCAGGCACAGAGUCACCAAACCCCCAAAUAUUUCACGACUUUUCAUAGGCUUCAUGACAGAUAGGAGCAGUUUCCCAUGAGGGUGAUUGUUCACAGGCAGACACGAGUGAGCUGUGUGAUGAGCAGGUCUGCUCCUGCCAGCGCCGUGUCUGGGGCUGGGAAGGACAACAGAGCCGGACAGGGGCUGGGACAAGGGAAGGACAGGACCCAGGGAAGGCUCCCACUGCCAGAGGGCAGGGCUGGCCCAGGGGAUAAAACCCGGCCCAGGCUGGGGCUCAGCUCAGCCCCGUGCCCUCCUGCAGCCCAGCAGAGCCGCCACCAUGGUGCACUGGACAGCCGAGGAGAAGCAGCUCAUCGCCAGCGUCUGGGGCAGGGUCAGCGUGGAGGAAUGCGGCGCCGAGGCCCUGGCCAGGCUGCUGAUCGUCUACCCCUGGACCCAGAGGUUCUUCUCGGACUUCGGGAACCUGUCCAGCCCCACGGCCAUCGUCGGCAACCCCAAGGUGCGUGCCCACGGCAAGAAGGUGCUCACCUCCUUCGGGAAAGCCAUCAAGAACCUGGACAACCUCAAGGGCACCUACUCCAAGCUGUCGGAGCUGCACGUGGACCCCGAGAACUUCAGGGCGAGCUGUGUUUGCCGUGCCAGCCCUCCCCUGGCUGCCUGGGCACAGCCAGACCUGGCUCUUGCUCUGCCCAGGGACGUUUGCUUGGGCUGCUGGGGAGGAAUCCCUGUGUAGCACCCAGGAGAGGUUUGUACAAAGGUCUUUGCCACCGUGUCUGUGAGUUUCUCCCUCAAAAGUCCAUUUUUAGUGGCAGCACAGCACAGGGGAGGGCAGGCAUGGAGAGACGGUUACCUGGAGGAGCAGCCCCAGGGGAAGCUGCAGCCUGGGCUGGAGCACUCGCAGCAGGGGGAGGCUCAGCAGAGCAUUUCAGAACAUCCAAGCUCCCACUGCAAGAUAGGCAGAACCAGGAGCAGAGUCCUGCUUUGCCCAGCAUGGGGCAUGGCACACUCCCUCCUCCUCCAAUACUUUUAA